CUGAUUGGUCUUCGCCCGCAAUUGCGACAUAAAACAGAGGAUCAUGCGAUAAUCGCGCGAUUGUUGUAACUUAGCGAAGCAGACCACUUUGCAGACAAAUUACUGUCACUUUCUCGGAAGCUGCUGAAUGUCCGCAGACUCUAGACACAACACACUCCAUCGACCGCAAGGAUGAAGUGCUUCAUCUUUCUGUUGUACUCCAGCCUUCUCUUCAUUGGCAAAUUCGCACCCUCAGCAGCAUCUCCAGCUGCAGCUCCCGCAGCAGAACCAGGCCGCACAGCAGGCAAUCAAAAAGGAACACCAACCACGGGGCAGAACACAAACCGCGGCCAAAAGCGCCUCGGAGAUGACGAUGGGGCAGGGUCAAGCAAGACACAAAAGCAGGCUCAAGCACCCACAGUCACGCCGACGCCAAAGGUCUACUUAUGCUAUGGCUUGAAGCUUCAGUUCCGUCGGACAUUUUCCGACAUCAGCGAGGAUGAAUGCGCUACGAAAUGCAAAGAAGAGGGAAAGGCGUACAAGAAGUAUACGAAACAGGAGAACAUGAGACCUAUCGGUCCGGAUAGGUGUUUCCAGUCCAACGUUUGUGUAAGCGCAGAAAUGCUCUCCGCUGACCGUUCCGCUGCGCUGUCCGCUCUGCUCAAAGAUCCGCUACCUUGCACGACGGCAAUUUGUUCAUCCGACGAACGCAUCAACAAAGACGCGUUUCAAUGUGAAUGUCAAGCGACUCUUAUUGCCGUCCGAAUCAAACAUGUUGCACCAGAAUGGGUGCACCUAUUCAAAAAAUGGAGGAACAACAAACUUGCUAAGGUCAGAGAUGAGAAAAACAACCCAGCAACGAUGACCAAAUGCCAUUACAUCUUCAUCGCGGAGCGCAUGAAAAAAGAAGGCUGGAUGCUGUACAAAGCGGCUUGGGAUCCUACAGUUGAGUGUGAUCUGGAGAACAGAAGCCAAGGAAAAGACCGUUGUCCCUGCCACAAGUCAAGUCACAAGAGCAAGUCCGCAAUAUGUACCGCUACUCUUCAGAGGGAGGUAGCCUUACAAGUGCCGCUGUGGGAAUCACUCUUCACCAUCGAUCUCAAUAAAGAACCCGCUGAAGAUUCAGCUGCAGCUGCCACUGGCUCAUCUCAACAGCUAAGCCCCAACUUGGAGUGCACACAGACCUUCUUGAAUUCUGGCCUCGGGCAGAAUGAGGUGAGUUCUGCCCCCGAAGACCUUCGGCCCGGCUAUUGCUCUCGACGUUUUUAGCUCCUGCUCUGCUGUGUGAUGAUCGCAGCCUUAGAGCCAGCACACCGCAUCUCCUCGGCAUUUGCUCUGGGAUCUCACACCACGCUAGCUUGUGCUUUACUUCCUCUCGUCUCUCAACAGGCCUGUCAUAUCGUCUUCACUCUUACUCUUACUCAUCUCUAUCUCGACAGUACCCGUCACCUUAUCUCUUCUCGCCUUUUCACCCUUCAACAUUCACCACGUUGUCUCUCGUUUCGUCUCUUCUUCAUGUUGCAGACCUGACAUCUUGGAGUCAACUUCUGCUCUCUCGUUUUCUUUUCACUUUGGGUUUCCCGCUCGAGCCUGAUAGAUAUCAAGAGACGGCCUUCUGCUGUCUUCGUCCUUAGUUUACAAUUUUCAAUCUACU